UUUUCGUACUUGUCUCUGUAAUUUAAAAAAUAAAAUAAAAUCCUCUCCUAAAGUGAUUUUUAGUAUGGAUACAUCUGUACCUUACACCUACCUAUAAGCCUUCAUCCUCCUUAUAAAUUCUCCCUUCUCGCUUUCUCUCUCUCACCAAAUUUAAAAAGCUCGUCCUCUCUUUCAUCCUCUGUUCUUGAAGUUAUUACUCUGUUUUCUGGCGGCUUCAGAUUCCUGCAUUCAUCAAUGUCGUCUUCUUCAUCACUGUUCCUCUUGUUCUUCGUCUUAAUCUCAUCUUCAUGCCUUCCCCCUUCGUCACAAAUGCUUCUAUUGCCUUUAUCACACACUCUCUCUUCCACCCAAUUCAACAGUACUCAUCACCUCCUCAAAUCCACCUCCUCUCGCUCCGCCGCUCGCUUCCACAACCACCACCACCACCACCGUCGGCAACAACAACUCUCCCUGCCUCUCUCCGCCGGCAGCGAUUACACUCUCUCCUUCAACCUCCUCGGCUCCGAUCCUCCCCAACCAGUAACUCUGUACAUGGACACAGGAAGCGACCUCGUCUGGUUCCCUUGUGCUCCGUUCGAGUGUAUACUCUGUGAAGGAAAAUCAAAUCCUUCGCUCUUUCCCAGACCACCCAAUAUCUCUCGGACUCAAGCUGUUUCGUGUAAAUCCUCUGCAUGUUCUGCAGCUCACACCUCUCUAUCGUCCUCCGAUCUCUGCGCAAUUUCUCGGUGUCCCUUGGAAUCCAUCGAGACGUCCGAUUGUUCUUCUUUCGCUUGCCCUCCGUUUUACUACGCGUACGCCGAUGGAAGCUUGAUCGCUCGUCUCUACCGCGAUUCUGUAUCUGUUUCUUCUCUGAUUCUCAGGAAUUUCACCUUCGGAUGCGCCCACACCACGCUCGGCGAACCGGUCGGAGUCGCCGGAUUCGGUCGCGGAUUGCUAUCUCUUCCUGCUCAGCUGGCGACGUUCUCUCCCCAGUUAGGGAAUCAAUUUUCCUACUGCUUGAUUUCUCACUCGUUUGAUAAACAAAGAGUUCGCCGACCUAGCCCGCUUAUUCUCGGUCGUCAUGAGGAGAGAACUGACGGCGAACUGGUUCAAUUCGUAUACACACCGAUGCUUGAAAAUCCGAAACACCCGUAUUUUUACAGUGUUGGUCUCGCGGCGAUCUCCGUGGGGAAGAAAACUAUUCCGGCACCGGAGAUGCUGAGGAGGUUGGACCAGAGGGGCAAUGGCGGUAUGGUGGUUGACUCCGGCACGACGUUCACUAUGUUGCCUGCGAGUUUAUAUAACUCAGUGGUGGCCGAGUUCGAUCGCCGAGCUGGACAAGUUCACAAGCGUGCGAGUGAGAUUGAAGACAAGACGGGAUUGGGACCCUGCUAUUAUAUGGAGAAGGUGAAGGCGGAAACGGAAGUUCCGUCUCUAACGCUGCGUUUUGAGGGGAAGGGAUCUGUUGUGGUGCUGCCGAAGAAGAACUAUUUUUACGAAUUUUUAGUCGGCGGAGAUGGAACGAGGCGGAAGAAGCAGGUGGGUUGUCUGAUGCUGAUGAACGGUGGAGAUGAUGCAGAACUAAGCGAUGGACCUGGGGCUACGCUUGGGAAUUACCAGCAGCAAGGGUUUGAAGUCGUGUAUGAUUUGGAGAAACAGCGCGUGGGUUUCGCCCGGAGACAAUGCGCGUCGCUUUGGGAUAGGCUGAAUCAGAAAAACUAGUGGGCACUACACACAGUGGAUUCCCUCCCUCGGGGGCUCUCAAGACUUGUUUGUAUGUAAUAUGUAGAUAAUUAGGAUUUAGUAGUGGUUUUUGUAAAACGCAUCUCUGAAUGAUUAAAUUUAGCAAAGUAAUUUUCAAUAUUUGUUAUUUUUUUAAAAAAAUCACAUGAAUAAAUUAUUAUAAUACCAUUAUUAUCGAUCUGUUC